UGAUAUCUGCACUAAUACCAUUCUGCUCCUGACCAUCAAUAUCUUCAUCAUUCUCUUCAACAUCUUCAUCAGCAGUCAUGAUCUCUCGUUCUCUCCUGCUGGUUCUGCUGGUUCUCGCCUGCCUUCAGUCCUUCACAAUUGCUGAUCCUGGAACUGAAGUAGAUCAGUGCUGUUUCAGCUUUCUGACACGACCAAUCCCUGUAAGAGUCAUUACAGCUUAUGCAGUAACAGAUAUUCGGUGUGUAAAACCUGGAGUCAUCUUUACUAAACAAGACGGUCGUCAUGUGUGUGCAGAUCCCUACUUCAAGUGGGUGAAGCAUCACAUGAAGAACAUUGAGGAGCGUCUGUUUAACAGUCUGAACAAACCUACAGAGAGUUCAAAUCCUUAAAGAGUUUAAAUCCUCUCUCCAUUAAUAAGUAAUGAAUAAUUAUUUUAUAAAAUGGACUUUUUACAUAAUCAGACAGGAGAAACAAAGCUUUUAGUUAUAAACUUAAAUAUAAUCUGAUUUAUUCUACAGACUGUUAACAUGAAUUCAUUUACUUUUUAUUUACAUUUCUCUGCUUUAAAAGAAAAUCAUGUUGGUUGCAUUCAAACAUUUAACAAGUUUAUGUACAACAUUAAUAUAUUAAUAUAUGUAACAUACACACAUAUGUCUGAUCAGUGUGUUUGUGUUUUCUCCCAUGUGUGACUUCCCGUUCUGCUGCAAAAUUGAUUUAUUUGUCUUACAUCAUAUAUUUCUCUUUCUCUGUUAAAAUCAUUUUUUCAUGUAAAAUAAUCUGAGUUAUACUUACUGUUUACAAUUCUUGAUUUUUUCUUUCUUUCUCUCUUACUAGUGAUUUGAAUUGUUACAAAAUAGUAGAAGAAUGAAGGUCAAUAAAUAAUCAGUGUAUUAUGA